CAGGACCCGGGAGGAGCGGAGCGAGCGAUGGAGGAGACGGAGACCGACACCGACACCGAGAGGGAGAGCGGCGGCUCCGGGAGUCUGACCGGCGGCGGCGGCGGCUCCUCCUCCUCCACUCCGCUCUGUGACCCGACCCGAGGCCUCCACCGCCUCCUGGUGCUCGUCCUCAUGUGUUUCCUGGGCUUCGGUAGCUAUUUCUGUUAUGAUAAUCCAGCUGCACUACAGACUCAAAUUCAGGGGGUUAUGAAAGUUAAUACUGUUACAUUCAUGCAGCUAUAUGCAUGGUAUUCAUGGCCCAAUGUUAUCCUCUGCUUCUUUGGAGGAUUUUUACUGGACAGAGUGUUUGGCAUACGUUUAGGAACAAUAAUAUUCAGCUUGUUCGUCGUUUUGGGGCAAGUUAUUUUUGCUGCUGGAGCCUUGCUGAAUAUCUUUUGGUUAAUGGAAGCUGGGCGAUUUGUGUUUGGGAUUGGAGGGGAGUCUCUCGCAGUGGCACAAAACUCAUAUGCCGUCAGUUGGUUCAAAGGCAAAGAGCUAAAUCUUGUCUUUGGUUUACAACUGAGCAUGGCCAGACUGGGCAGCACUGUAAACAUGAAUAUAAUGGGAUGGAUUUUCUCCAGAAUAUCGCAAAUGGUGGGCUCUGAGAGUCCCACAGCACUUGGCAUCAGUCUCAUGAUAGGUACUGCAACCUGUAUCUUUUCCUUGCUGUGUGCAUUAUUUCUUGGUUACUUAGACAGAAGAGCUGCAAAGAUAUUAAACAAAGAACAAGAAAAGACAGGUGAAGUCAUUAAAUUGACAGAUGUGAAACAUUUUCCAGCAUCCCUCUGGUUGAUAUUUUUUAUCUGUGUUGGCUAUUAUGUAGCUGUUUUCCCAUUUAUUGGGCUUGGAAAGGUUUUCUUCAUUGAAAAGUUCAACUUCUCUCCUGCAGAAGCCAGUGCCGUCAACAGUAUUGUGUAUAUAAUUUCGGCUCCAGCUUCGCCUGUCCUAGGAUUUCUGGUGGACAAAGUGGGAAAGAAUAUCUUUUGGGUUAUGUGCGCUGUGAUAAUCACUCUGAUUGCUCACAUGAUGUUGGCAUUCACCUUCUGGAACCCUUGGAUUGCAAUGAGUCUGUUGGGAAUUUCGUAUUCUUUGCUUGCCUGUGCGUUGUGGCCCAUGGUGGCUUUUGUGGUUCCUGAACAUCAGAUCGGAACAGCAUAUGGCUUCAUGCAGUCCAUACAGAACUUGGGCCUUGCAGUGAUUGCAAUUGCUGCUGGUGCUAUACUGGAUUCCAGAGGAUAUUUACUACUUGAAGUAUUUUUCUGUGCUUGUGUCUGUUUGGCACUGAUGGGUGUGGUAUUGCUAUAUUUUGUGGAUCUGUUGGCAGGAAGUGGACUCAAUAUGGCAGCCUGGAAACGUUCAAAAUUACAGAAUAUUACAGCAGAAGAGUGAGAAUUGUCAGUAGCAGCCUUCGACCAGAAGUGUACAACCCUUUGAGCAUCAAAACAUCAACAUGAAGAAUAUACUGUAUUUAAUACUUUCAGUGUGUAAUGGGGGAGAACAACACCUCACCCAUAAAUUGUAAUCCAGCAAUGCCUUGCUUGCAGUGCUUGACAUCCCAUAGUCAUUUUAUAUUCCAAUUUUAAUAGCCUACGGACACUCAAGGCUGCAAUAUUAAAAUAACAUUUAUAAAUUGUGCUUUUAGUUGACUUUACCCCCAAAUCAUUGUGCUGUGACAAUUUCUCUUAUUCAAUGGGACAUCGAGUUAAUCAAUGCAUAUAAUUUCAAUAUCCUUUCUGUAAAAUGAUAUAUUUUUGAACCAAUUUUGUACUACCUAGUUUUGUCGUCUACAUUUGAGUGUGCCAUGAAUGGGAAAGUUUUAAAUAGAGCUUAUAUUUUUCAUGUGUUUCAGAGCACUUAUGUUCAUGUUUACGCAGAUUCAGAUUUUUAAAAACUAUAGACCAGAUAUUGUACAAAAUUGUAUACAAAUUUUGCACUAGAAAAUUAACUUUAAAAAUGUAUUUGCAACUGCUGGAACUGUGCAUGGAUGCCUUCCCCGAACAAGCUAACUUCAGUAAACUUCAAAAUGGUGAAUAAUGUGGCUGUGUUAAUGCAUUUCAAGACUGUUGGAAUGGCGUUGUUAAUGGAAUGGCUGUGGUAAUGCAUUUGCAAAACCACUCAAUUAUUUGCACUUAUUGUGUGUGUCUGUGUUUGAUUUAUGUAUUGCAAUUCGCUUAUUCAAUGCAAGGCUGGUGGCUGGUCCAUUCUGUACUUGUGCCGUAAACUGUUCUUUGUUAGGUAAGAUGCAUUGAAAAGUUAUCUUUGGCGAUACUAACUUUGAACUGAAAUGAAACCUGUUCAAAUUUGUUCUGUAAUGUCUUAACCGCUCCAUAUUUCAGAAAGAUUUAUAUACUGCGUUUAACAACCUAAUAAAAAAAAUGAAUUUUACUAAUGUCUUAUUUAAAUCUGCACAACUUGGUAACACUUAAUACAUGCAAUGCUCCUCAGGCUGAUUUUUGUGUUUACUAAACUUAUCAGUGACAAUAAAACUUUAAUAAUUAAA